CCUCUGUCAGUGACGUCGCGCAGUUGCUCCGCCCGCCGCCAUUUUGCGGUUCGGAGCCGGGAGCGGGAGCAGGCGAGCCCGAGGCCCAGGCUGAGCCCGAGCGGAGGCCGCGGCGCACCACCACCACCACCGGGAGGGGGCCCGUCCGCUGAGCACAGUCGGAGCGCCCGGAGAUGUGAGAUGUCAGCGCCCAACACCCUCCAGAAAGCGAUUGAUCUUGUAACUAAAGCCACAGAAGAAGACAAGGCUAAGAAUUAUGAGGAGGCGUUGAGACUGUAUCAGCAUGCAGUCGAAUACUUCUUGCAUGCUAUUAAAUAUGAGGCGCAUGGAGACAAGGCGAAGGAGAGUAUUCGAGCCAAAUGUGUUCAGUACCUGGACAGAGCAGAGAAACUGAAGGAGUAUUUAAAAAACAAAGACAAGCAGGGCAAAAAGCCAGUGAAAGAGUCGCAGCAAAAUGACAAAGGGAGUGACAGUGACAGCGAAGGAGAAAAUCCAGAGAAGAAGAAACUACAAGAGCAGCUGAUGGGUGCUAUUGUGAUGGAGAAGCCCAAUGUACGAUGGAAUGACGUGGCAGGGUUGGAGGUAGCAAAGGAGGCUCUGAAGGAAGCAGUGAUAUUGCCUAUCAAAUUCCCUCACCUGUUCACAGGUAAAAGAACACCUUGGCGUGGGAUCUUGCUGUUUGGCCCUCCAGGUACAGGGAAAUCCUACCUAGCCAAAGCUGUAGCAACCGAGGCCAAUAACUCAACAUUCUUCUCUGUAUCUUCAUCUGACCUCAUGUCCAAAUGGUUAGGAGAAAGUGAGAAACUUGUGAAAAAUCUAUUUGAGUUGGCCCGACAGCACCGACCUUCCAUCAUAUUUAUUGAUGAGGUCGAUUCUCUUUGUGGAUCCAGGAAUGAGAAUGAGAGUGAAGCCGCCCGGCGCAUCAAAACAGAAUUUCUGGUCCAGAUGCAAGGUGUUGGGAAUAGCAGUGAUGGAAUCUUGGUUCUGGGAGCGACUAAUAUCCCCUGGGUGCUGGAUUCUGCCAUUCGCAGGAGAUUUGAAAAGCGGAUUUAUAUCCCAUUGCCAGAGGAGCCAGCCAGAGUGCACAUGUUUAACAUACAUCUAGGCACAACCCCACACUGCCUCGGAGAGGCUGACUUCAGGGAACUUGGCAGGAAGACAGAAGGAUACUCUGGAGCGGACAUCGGCGUCAUUGUACGCGAUGCACUAAUGCAGCCAGUGCGCAAAGUGCAGUCAGCCACCCAUUUUAAAAAGAUGCAAGGUCCAUCCAGGACUAACCCAAAUGUGAUGGUGGAUGACCUUCUGACACCCUGUUCGCCAGGGGACCCGGCUGCCAUUGAGUUGACCUGGGUGGAUGUUCCCAGUGACAAGUUACUGGAGCCCGUGGUUUGCAUGGUCGACAUGCUCCGUUCACUGGCCACCACUCGGCCGACAGUCAAUGCUGACGAUCUUCACAAGGUGAAGAAAUUUACAGAGGAUUUUGGGCAAGAAGGCUGAAUCGUCUCUGAAACUGGAUCGUCCAGUUGACUCCACUCUGAAAUCGAGUGGAAUUGUCUGUGCAAGAGUGAAACUAGCUUCAGGUGCUAUUGCCACAGAGUGGGAGGGAAACCUGCAAUUGCUGCCAUUUCACCAGCUGACUUUGGUUUGUUUUACUGAAGACAUUUAGCUGUCCAUUGGCUUCAGGCAGCAAACUCCAGUAUGAUCGUCACAUCAUCGGAGCUCAGAAACCCCUUUGUACCUACUUGUUCCCAUCUCUGUAAAGGUUCUGAGAUUUCCGUUUAUUCAGUGAUUGAGAGCCUUAAAAUAAAAUGAUUUCUUGCUGCUCCCUA